CGAUAGAAAAUAAAGUGUAUGCAUGUAUAUGUAGACACAUAUUAGAGAGACGGAGUGAAAAAGGAGGGUUGGGUGAAAUAAUUCUCGAUCGUGCGUCAAGUAUCUAAUCGCGAGGAUGGAUUUUAACGUGAAGAAACUGGUGAAGGAUGCGGGAGCCGCCCUUAGCAGAGUCGUGCAGUUAACGGAGGAAACACUGGGUACUUCAGAAAAGACAGAGUUGGAUGCGCAUUUGGAACAUUUAGCCGAGAGAGCAAAUGCUACCAAGACGUGGACGGAGAAGAUACUACGGAAUAUGGAAGCUGUACUUACUCCAAAUCCUGGCAACAGGAUCGAAGACUUUUUCUUUGAGAAAAUUGAUAAGAAAAGACCUAAUAGGUUGAGCAAUUUGGAGUAUGUUGGUACCGAUAUGAUAGAAGCUGGAAAUGAUUUUGGUCCAGGAGUAGCUUAUGGUAGUGCAUUAAUAAAAGUCGGACAGUGUCAGCAAAGAUUGGGACAGAUUGAGAGAGAUUUUAUAGGAACUGCUGCCAAUUGUUACAUACAGCCUCUGAGAAAAUUCUUAGAGGGAGAGAUGAAGACUGUUAGCAAAGAGAUGGCAAUAUUGGAAACUAAGAGGCUGGAUCUGGAUGCGUGUAAAAAUAGAGUAAGGAAAGCAAGGAGUAUGCUUGGUCAACAGAGUGAGUCUGGCGUAUCACCCGAAGUGUUGCUCGAUCAGGCAGAGAGGGAGCUGAGGGUAGCGCAGUCGGAAUUCGAUCGACAAGCAGAGAUCGUGAAACUAUUGUUGGAAGGUGUCUCGAGUUCUCAGGCCGGACAUCUGCGAUGUUUGCACGAGUUUGUGGAGGCACAAAGUCGCCACUACGCGCAGUGUCACGCCGUCAUGCAGGAUCUACAACGCGAGCUUGCCGGGGCACGUCAACCGAGCCCUUUACUGAGAGUCAACAGCGAGGAAGUGAUCGAGCUAACUCCCUCGCCCACUCUCCCUGUAAACUCAUCUGUCUACCCUCAAAAUUCAUCUACAACUACCGGAUCUACCGCUUAUGUUACAGCCACAUUCGACACUGAUAAUACUAAAAUUUAAUUUACCCCAUCGAGAAAUUGUUCACGGAUUGUUACAAAUUCUGAAUCUAUAACUAUUUAAUUAACAGAUCUAUUAUGUUAGUUGUUAUACAAUUUUCUCUUCUUCUAAUAGCAAUGUUUAUCGACAUUAAUCUACAUACAUGUGCUUUUAAAUUUAAACACGAGCUUAAUUCGAUCAAUGUCGCUUAAUCGUUGCAAAUAUGUCAUCGAAUAGAGACUAUAAUUUUAUAUAAUAUAUAUGCAAUCAUAUAAUUGUACAUAUUUAGGCAAAAUAUUUCGAUAAAUUUUCUCGUCAACGAUUCACGGCGAUCUACAACUUUAUCUCUUCUUUCAUCUUUUAUUGCUCUAAUGUCGUUCUUUGUAAGCAAUUAUUUGUUACAUCGCCGUAACUCGAUUGAGAAUAAUAUUGGCUCAUAAUAUCGAGGAAAAACUAAUUCUCAGUAUUUUAAUAAUGUCAUGUAACUAAAUAGUGAUAUAAUUAUAUGAUGCUUUUCUGGUUGAUAUAAAUGUUCAAUUUGAUUAUAUUAUACUGAGAGAUAUUAAAUUUCCAUUUAUCUCGUAUUUGACAUUUUGAAAAUAUAACAAUAAUGCAUGUAAUUCCAGUAGAAUUGAGUGAGAACACACAUGCUCGCAACAGACUAAUUUUUGUUGAGUAAUAUAAUAAAAUUCAAUCUCCUUAUAAAUCGCAUGCAUAUAUUGAUUUAAUUCAGCACAAUUAAAACACUUAUGAUUAUUUCGCUCAUUGUUGAAUAACAAUUUAGUAGAACUUGAUAAUGAAUGUGCCUGUUUUUCUAAAAAACGUCGUUUCUUUGGUUGUAAAAUAUGAAUAUAUUUAAUGUAUAUUCAGCUAUAACAUAUCUCUCAGCUAGCUAUGAGCCAUCUUUGUAAAAAUGUGUAAAUAUAUGUGUUAUAAAAAAUACAUAUCAUUCGCUUUGAUCAAAAGUUUAUUGCAUUGUGUUACGCAUAAUUUAUGAUGUUGGAACAAAAGUUCGCGUUGAUCAAAAUGAAGUAAAAGCUCGAUUAAAGCGAUAUAUUUGUGAUUUAUGUCAGUGUGCGACUCUUAUCAAAACUCUUAUGUUGUGUUUCCCCAUACAUUUUCACUCACAUACAUGAGUUAAAAAGAUAAAUGCACAUCAUGUUCACUUAUCAUUUAUCCUACCCAGCUUAUCUGGGGGUUCCUAUUAUACCACCCAACCAGCCACUACCAAUGCACUAUCCGAGAACGAUCAGGACAGAGCGAGAGUAUUGUGCAAUUACGACGCGAGGGAUUCUAGCGAGCUGAGCGUUAUGCAGGACGAGGUAACAAAAUUUGAAAUUUAGACGGCAUGUGU